ACACUUGUAGUCUGGCAACGCAGAGCAGAAACAAAAAGUCAUCAUCCCAGGCGGCGUUUAGCAUUUUGCAAAAUUUUUAUUUUCCUGCUGAUUAAAUUGAGCUGAGCGAACAGCACCGCCACCAUGUCGAUUUUAGCCUACAACGGAGGAUGUGUAGUGGCCAUGCGCGGCAAGGACUGCGUGGCCAUUGCCACAGAUCACCGAUUCGGUAUUCAGGCUCAGACGAUCUCCACGGACUUCAAGAAGGUCUUUCACAUCGGCCCACGGAUGUUCCUCGGACUCACUGGCCUGCAGACGGACAUCCUGACAGUUCGCGAUCGCCUGAUGUUCCGCAAGAAUCUGUACGAGACACGCGAGAACCGCGAAAUGUGCCCCAAGCCCUUCUCGGCCAUGAUGUCCAGCUUCCUGUACGAGCACCGUUUUGGCCCAUACUUCAUUGAGCCGGUCGUUGCCGGCCUGGAUCCCAAGACCAUGGAGCCUUUUAUCUGCAACAUGGACCUGAUCGGCUGCCCCAACGCACCCGACGAUUUUGUGGUGGCCGGCACCUGUGCGGAGCAACUGUAUGGCAUGUGCGAAACUCUGUGGAAACCGGAUCUGGAGCCGGACCAGCUGUUCGAGGUCAUCGCCCAGUCCAUUGUGAACGCCUUCGAUCGCGACGCCAUGAGCGGUUGGGGCGCCACCGUCUACAUUAUCGAGAAGGACAAGAUUACGGAGCGCACACUGAAGACCCGCAUGGACUAGAUGAUGUUAGGAGUUUCAUUGGUGAUUUUGUAUACAACAUUUACCGAAAUACACAUACAAAUAAAAUUUGUUUAGGUACAACAUA